AUGACGGACCGCCCAAGCAGGACGGAUACCCACGAUGCCAUUACGGACAAAGAGAUAGCAAGCAAGGAGACGGCAAACCAAGCUCAGCCCGCAAUUGACCCUGCCUCUUCAAAGCGACCCAAUGCAUUCACAGAACUCAUGACGCAGUCGAAGAAACCAAAAUCACCUCUCAUUUCCGCCGCAGAUGGUCCCAAUACGACACAGAAGGCUGCCAACGCAGCUAAGCGUUGGGACGGCCGGAAUGGGCUGGGCGUCUACAUCGAGAGCCCCGAGACGAACCCCGAGAACAAAAUACUGGAGUACGAUGAGGACUUUGUCGUGAUAACCGACAAGUACCCUAAGGCGAGCGUACAUCUUCUACUCAUUCCGCGAAAACAGGUCUACUACGAUCAACACCCACUCCAAGCUCUCUCCACAGACCCAGCCUUACUCGCCGAAGUACGAAGACGCGCCGUCCGUCUCAAAGAACUCGCUGCAUAUGAACUCCGACGUCAAUAUGGCGACUUCAGCGCUUCAGAUAAACCAUACAACGAGGCUUUCGAGGCAAUGAUGAGCUCUCCCGACCCACCACCUCCACCCGAGGAGCGCGCAGCACUCCUUCCACCCGGCCGAGACUGGUCUAAGGAUAUCGUAGUAGGCGUACAUACACAUCCCUCGAUGAACCAUCUACACGUACAUAUCUUCAGUCGCGACAUGCAUUCAGACUGGAUGAAGCACAAGAAACACUAUUUGAGCUUCAACAGUAGUUUCCUGGUUCAAUUAGACGAGUUUCCUCUAGAAGAAGAUAGUAAGAGGUUUUCUCCUGGAGAUUGGCCUAGUUGGGACAUGAAGUGUUGGCGAUGUGGGAAGAACUUUAAGAAUAAGUUUGCGGCAUUGAAACAACACCUCAAUGAAGAGUUUGACGAGUGGAAAAGGGAAUGA